GAGAGAGAGAGAGAGAGAGAGAGAGAGAGAGAGAGAGAGAAAACAGAUCUGUCGCACUUCCUCCGCAGUCGGGCGCCCCCCUGUGCGAGAGCGAAGCCCAAGGGCCUGAAGUGAAGAGGCGGAGGGAGAAACCGGAGCUGGAGCCCGGUGGGUCAGUGAAACCGACCGACUGAGGCAGCUGGGGCGAGGAAACUGAGGCAAGCAAGUGACAUGCUUAGGAUCACGCCGCUGGUGUCUUGAGAACUUGUUUAAAAGCAAACCUCAAACUGCAUCUUCAUUUUCACCAACCUUUGAGAUUUUCGGUGCUCAAUCUGACAAGUAUCAGUCAGAAAAUGCUUCUUGACUUCCCUUGAUUAAUCCAGACAACAUGGCUACAGCAAUUAGAGAAGUGGGAGUAUGGAGGCAAACUCGAACUCUUUUACUCAAGAAUUAUCUAAUUAAAUGUAGGACUAAAAAAAGUAGUGUUCAGGAAAUUAUUUUUCCACUUUUUUUUUUAUUUUGGUUAAUAUUAAUAAGCAUGAUGCAUCCAAAUAAGAAGUAUGCAGAAGUACCUGAUACAGAACUUGAUCCUUUGGAUAAAUCUGUCCUGUCUGACUUCAUUAUUGCAUAUGCUCCAGUGACUAAUGUUACAAGAAACAUCAUGAAUAUAGUGUCUUCUCAUUAUCUUCCUGAUGUCAUAAUUACUGAAAAGUAUGCAAAUGAGAGAGAAUUGCAAGAAGCCAGUCUUUCUAAGCCUACCAGUUUUGUGGGUGUGGUUUUCAAAGACUUCAUGUCCUAUGAACUGCGGUUUUUUCCUGAUAUGAUCCCAGUAUCUUCUGUCUACAUGAAUUCCAGAGCUGGUUGUUCAAAGUCAUGUGAGGCUGCUCUAUACUGGCACUCAGGGUUCAUAGCUUUACAAACCUCCAUUGAUGCUGCAAUUAUACAGAUAAAGACCAAUUAUUCAGCCUGGGAUGAAUUGGAGUCUACUAAAGCAGUUGUCAUGGGAGAAACUGCUGUUAUAGAAAUAGAUAACUUUCCUCGAGGAGUAAUUUUAAUUUACCUAGUUAUAGCUUUUUCCCCUUUUGGAUACUUUUUGGCAAUUCAUAUUGUGGCUGAAAAAGAAAAAAAGUUGAAAGAGUUUUUAAAGAUAGUGGGGCUUCAUGAUACUGCUUUUUGGCUUUCUUGGGUCCUUUUAUAUACAAGUUUGAUUUUUAUUAUGUCCCUUCUCAUGGCAGUCAUUGCAACAGCUUCUUCAUUAUUUCCUCAAAGUAGCUGUUUUGUGAUAUUUCUUCUUUUUUUCCUGUAUGGAUUAUCUUCAGUUUUCUUUGCCUUAAUGCUUACACCCCUUUUUAAAAAAUCAAAACACGUGGGAAUAGUUGAAUUUUUAGCCACAGUGGCAUUUGGAUUUGUGGGCCUUUUGAUUGUUUUGCUGGAGGAUUUCCCUAAAUCUUUAGUAUGGCUCUUUAGCCCCUUCUGUCAGUGUACAUUUUUAAUUGGUAUUGCACAGGUCAUGUAUCUAGAAGAUUUAGAUGAAGGUGCUUUGUUUUCCAACUUGAUCAAAGGUCCUUAUCCUCUUAUCAUUGCCAUUAUAAUGCUGAUACUCAAUAGUGUAUUUUACAUCCUCUUAGCUGUUUAUCUUGAUCAAGUCAUUCCAGGUGAAUUUGGACUACGAAGAUCAUCUUUAUAUUUUUUGAAGCCUUCAUAUUGGUCAAAGAACAAGAGAAAUUAUAAAGAGCUAUCUGAGAGCAAUAUUAAUGGAAAUCCUGGUUUUAGUGAGAUUAUUGAACCUGUUUCUUCAGAAUUUCUAGGAAAAGAAGCUAUUAGAAUCAGUGGCAUUCAAAAAACAUUCAGAAAGAAAAGUGAAACUGUGGAGGCACUAAGAAAUUUAUCAUUUGACAUAUAUGAGGGUCAGAUUACAGCAUUACUUGGCCAUAGUGGAACAGGAAAAAGCACAUUAAUGAACAUUCUUUGUGGACUCUGCCCACCUUCAGAUGGGCUUGCAUCUAUUUAUGGACAUAGAGUCUCAGAAAUUGACGAAAUGUUUGAAGCAAGAAAAAUGAUUGGAAUUUGCCCACAGUUAGACAUAAAUUUUGAUGUACUGACAGUGGAAGAGAAUUUGUCAAUUUUGGCUUCUAUCAAAGGAAUUCCAGCCAACAGCGUAAUACAGGAGGUACAGAAAGUUUUACUAGAUUUGGAUAUGCAAGCCAUCAAAGAUAACCAAGCAAAAAAAUUAAGUGGAGGUCAGAAACGAAAACUAUCACUGGGUAUUGCUGUUCUUGGAGAUCCCAAGGUAUUGCUACUAGAUGAACCAACUGCUGGAAUGGAUCCUUGCUCACGUCAUAUUGUUUGGAAUCUCUUGAAAUAUAGAAAAAGCAAUCGAGUGAUAGUACUUAGCACUCAUUUUAUGGAUGAAGCUGACAUUCUUGCUGAUAGGAAAGCUGUGAUAUCACAAGGAAUGCUGAAAUGUGUUGGAUCUUCUUUGUUUCUCAAAAGUAAAUGGGGAAUUGGCUACCGACUAAGCAUGUACAUAGACAAGCAUUGCAUCACAGAAUCUCUUUCAUCGCUGGUUAAGCAGCAUAUUCAUGGAGCUAACUUAUUACAACAGAACGACCAGCAACUUGUCUAUAGCUUGCCUUUUAAAGACAUGGAUAAAUUUUCAGGCUUGUUUUCUGAUCUAGAGACACAUUCUAAUUUGGGAGUUAUUUCUUAUGGAGUUUCCAUGACAACUUUGGAAGAUGUGUUCCUAAAGCUGGAAGUUGAAGCAGAAAUUGAUCAAGCUGAUUACAGCAUAUUUAGCCAGCAGCAGUCAGAGGAAGAAAUAGAUUCAAAAUCUUUUGAUGAAAUGGAGCAAAGUCUGCUUAUACUCUCUGAAACCAAAACAUCCACAGUAAGCACUAUGACCCUUUGGAAGCAGCAAGUGUGUAUGAUAACAAAACUUCAUUUUCUUACUUUGAAACGUGAAAGUAAAUCAUUGAGAUCUGUGUUGCUCCUGCUUUUAAUUUUUCUUGCUGUUCAGGUUUUCAUGUUUUUGGUUCAUCAUUAUUUUAAGAAUACUGUUGCUCCCAUCAAACUUACUCCAGACUUAUAUUUUUUGAAACCUGGAGAGAAAGCUCACAAAUACAAAACAGGUCUUCUUCUUCAAAACUCAACUGAUACCGAUAUUGAUGAUCUCUUAAGUUUCUUCACAAGUCAGAACAUCUUGGUGAAUGUGUUAAAUGUCAGUGACUAUGUAUCUGCUGCUCCUCACAGUGCAGCUUUAAAUGUAAUGUAUUCAGGAAAGGACUACAUAUUUGUAACUGUUUUCAAUAGUACUAUGAUUUAUUCUCUACCAGUUUUGAUGAAUGUUAUUAGCAAUUCUAUUCUUUAUCAUUUAAAUGUAACAGAAAAUAUCCAGAUCUGGAGCACUCCAUUCUUUCAAGAAAUUACCGACAUAGUUUUUAGAAUUGAGCUGUAUUUUCAAGCAGCUUUGCUUGGAAUCAUUGUGACUGCGAUGCCACCGUACUUUGCCAUGGAAAAUGCAGAAAAUCAUAAGAUCAAAUCAUAUACCCAACUGAAGAUCUCAGGUCUUUUUCCAUCUGCUUAUUGGACUGGACAAGCUAUAAUUGACUUUCCCUUAUUUUUUGUUGUUCUUGUUUUGAUGCUAGGAAGUUUAUUUGCAUUUCACUAUGGAGUUUAUUUUUAUGCUUUGAAGUUCCUUUCUGUGGUUUUUUGCCUUAUUGGUUAUGUACCAUCUGUUAUUCUUUUUACCUAUGUUGCAUCUUUCACCUUCAGAAAAGUUUUAAAUACUAAAGAGUUUUGGUCAUUUAUCUACUCAGUGACAGCCUUGAUUUCCAUUGCAGUCACUGAAAUAACUUUCUUUAUGAGAUACUACACAGUAACAACUGCCCUUCAUUAUAUUCUCUGCAUAACCAAUCCAAUCUACCCACUCUUAGGGUGCCUGAUUAGUUUUAUAAAGAUUUCAUGGAAGAAUGUACAAAAAAAUGAAAACAGUUAUAAUCCAUGGGACCGACUUUUAAUAGCUGUUUUAUCGCCUUAUUUGCAAUGCGUGGUGUGGAUAUUCUUAUUACAGUAUUUUGAGAAGAAAUAUGGAGGCAGAUCAGUAAGAAAAGAUCCAUUUUUCAGAACCUUUUCAACUAAACUCAAAAGUAGGAAGUUUGUGGAAGUACCAAAUAAUGAAGAUGAAGAUGAUGAUGUUAAAGCUGAAAGACUAAAAGUUAAAGAAAUGAUGACUUGCCAAUGCUGUGAAGAGAAACCAGCUAUUUUGGUUAGCAGUUUACAUAAAGAAUAUGAUGAGAAGAAAGAUUUUCUUCUUACAAGAAAAAGAAAGAAAGUGGCAACUAAACAUGUUUCUGUGUGUGUAAAGAAGGGAGAGAUACUAGGAUUGUUGGGACCAAAUGGUGCAGGGAAAAGCACGCUUAUUAAUAUGCUUGUUGGUGAUAUUGAACCAACUUCGGGCCAGGUCCUUCUAGGAGAUUAUUCCUCAGAUCUGGCUGCUAAAGAUGAUGAUUCUGUUAAGUACAUAGGAUAUUGUCCUCAAACAAAUCCACUUUGGCCAGAUAUUACAUUGCAAGAGCACUUCGAAAUAUAUGGAGCUGUGAAAGGAAUGAAUAGAAGUGAUGUGAAAGAAGUCAUAAAAAGAAUCACAAAUGCACUUGAUUUAAAAGAACAUCUUCAGAAAACUACAAAGAAAUUGCCUGCUGGAAUAAAACGAAAGUUGUGUUUUGCACUAAGCAUGCUUGGAACUCCCCAGAUUACUUUGUUAGAUGAACCAUCUACUGGUAUGGAUCCUAAAGCCAAGCAGCAUAUGUGGAGAGCAAUUCGUGCUGCAUUUAAAAACAAAAGGCGUGCAGCCAUCUUGACUACACAUUAUAUGGAAGAAGCCGAGGCUGUUUGUGAUAGAGUGGCUAUUUUGGUAUCUGGACAGUUAAGAUGUAUUGGCACUGUACAACACCUGAAGAGUAAAUUUGGCAGAGGCUACUUUUUGGAAAUUAAAUUAAAGGACUGGAUGGAAAAUCUGGAAGUGGAACAGCUUCAAAGACAAAUUCACUAUAUUUUUCCAAAUGCAAUUCGUCAGGAAAGUUUUUCUUCUAUUUUGGCUUAUAAAAUUCCUAAAGAAGAUGUACAGUCUCUUGCACAGUCCUUUUCUAAGCUAGAAGAAGCUAAACAUACUUUUAGUAUUGAGGAAUACAACUUUUCUCAAGCAACAUUGGAACAGGUUUUUGUAGAACUCACUAAAGAACAGGAGGAAGAAGAUAACAGUUGCGGAACUUUAAAUAGCACUCUUUGGUGGGAAAGAACCCAGGAAGACAGAGUUGUAUUUUGAACUCUUACCUUUCAAAUCCUCUGAGAGGAUUUUUUUUCCCUUCCACUUCAUAUUAUUUUUAUAUUGUUUUAAGAUCAAACUUUUUAACAUGUCCUGUGAACCAUGAAAACAUUUGGGUCAUAGGAAAUGGUCAUAUCACUGCAUUUCCAGAAUUCUUUAAUUGAAGAACUAUGUUACUGUGUUUUGGUUUUCUUUUGUGUAGCUAAUCGUAUUUUAGUAUUACUACCUAAAGGAUAUUUAAUUCCGACUUGUAUUUUGAGAGAAGUAUUUACUUUUGUCAUUUCCUCAGCUUUUACGAACAGUGUUUUUCUACUUACAUUUUCACUAAUAGUGGAAGAUAUAUUUUUUUUUUUAGUUCUUUUACAUUGAAUUUUUAUGUUUACUUUUUUGGGGAAAAUCCACUUCCAGAAAAUAAGCUUAUUAUAUUGCAGCAUAUUAAAUAAAUAAAGAUGUAAACUGACGUGUAGGUGAGAAAUUAAAAGGAUACUAUAGACUCUCAGUUUUUAAAAUUAAAUCCUCACAAAAAGCUGCCACUUGCAGGUUGUCUUUAAAAAAAAAAAAAAAAAAAAAAAAAACA